GCCCGGGCGCAAGUGGACGCUCAAACCAUGCAGACGAGCCGUCCCCGCGGCGUGCACAGCAUCGCUCUCGUGCUGGCUCUCGCGAUCGCUUGGAUGCCGCACGCCGACCACGCCGCGGGAGCGGGCGGAGGAGGGAUGUUUGGCGAUGUCAAUAUAUCAGCCAUUUUGGAUUCCCUAAGUGUUAGCUAUGACAAGAGAGUGAGGCCAAAUUAUGGAGGACCGCCAGUGGAUGUGGGAGUCACCAUGUACGUGCUUUCCAUCAGCUCCUUAUCUGAAGUGAAAAUGGAUUUCACUUUGGACUUCUACUUUAGACAGUUUUGGACAGAUCCCAGGUUAGCUUAUAAAAAGAGACCUGGAGUUGAAACACUUUCUGUGGGGUCGGAAUUCAUUAGGAACAUAUGGGUACCCGACACGUUCUUUGUAAAUGAGAAACAGUCUUAUUUCCACAUCGCUACUACGAGCAACGAGUUCAUACGAAUUCAUCAUUCAGGAUCUAUUACACGAAGUAUAAGACUGACUAUCACUGCUUCUUGUCCUAUGGAUUUACAAUAUUUCCCGAUGGAUCGUCAAUUAUGUAAUAUUGAAAUCGAAAGUUUCGGCUACACCAUGAGGGACAUCCGAUACAAGUGGAAUGAAGGCCCUAACUCUGUGGGCGUGUCGAGUGAGGUGUCGCUGCCGCAGUUCAAGGUGCUCGGCCAUCGCCAGCGAGCUAUGGAGAUAUCUCUUACCACAGGAAAUUACUCAAGAUUAGCGUGUGAAAUUCAAUUCGUCCGUUCAAUGGGAUAUUAUCUGAUCCAAAUAUACAUCCCGUCUGGUCUGAUCGUCAUUAUUUCGUGGGUAUCUUUCUGGCUUAAUCGAAAUGCGACUCCUGCUCGAGUCUCUUUGGGUGUUACCACCGUGUUGACGAUGACCACGCUCAUGUCCUCCACAAACGCUGCUCUGCCGAAGAUCUCUUACGUAAAGUCUAUCGACGUCUAUCUCGGUACCUGCUUCGUGAUGGUCUUCGCCAGUCUUCUAGAAUACGCGACAGUCGGCUAUAUGGCAAAAAGGAUACAAAUGAGGAAACAAAGAUUUACUGCUGUGCAAAAAAUGGCUGCUGAGAAGAAAAUGCAAAUAGAUGGCCCCCCGCCAGGAACAUCUGAGCCCAUGCCACCUCCGCGGACAAGUACACUUCCGAGACCGCCGCCACCAAGUCGAUCUUCGGAAGUUCGAUUCAAAGUUCACGAUCCCAAAGCAUACUCCAAAGGUGGCACUUUGGAAAACACAAUAAAUGGCGCUCGAGGUCCACCUGUCCCCCCUGGUCCUCCACCAGAUGAAGAAGCUGGUGGACCACCUAUCAUCAUUCCAGCUUCAAAGGGCAUCAACAAACUACUCGGCACCACACCAUCAGAUAUCGACAAGUAUUCACGCAUCGUGUUCCCAGUGUGUUUCGUCUGUUUUAACCUCAUGUAUUGGAUCAUUUACCUCCACGUAUCAGAUGUCGUGGCAGACGAUUUGGUAUUACUUGGCGAAGAAAACUGAAUGGCUCUAUGUUAAUUUUAAACUAAAUGCUCGAUAUUAGCAUUUACUAAAUUUUAGGGUGCUCACUGUCGAACCUCCAUUAUAAUUAUCUAAAAAGCUUUUUGAAUUUAGAAACUUGCAAUAAUCCUUUAUAUCUCAGCACAUAUUGCUAAAGAAACAUAAUAUAUC